GUUGUUGUUGCUGCUUUUGUAAGUGCAAUAUUUCUUACCAUUGCCUCGUCCAUGCCACGCCUGGCUCCGCAAGAAGUUGCAUGGCUGGAAAAAAUGUUGCCGCAGGAUGCCAUGUUACCAAGCAGCCAUUUGCAGCUGGCGAUGCCAAAGAUGCAUAGGCCACAACGUGUGGCAACAUUCUUCCAGACCCAUGGUGCACAGGGCGAAGAAAUCCAUGCUGAGGGAAUAACCUCCGAGUUGCGACCUUUUGUGGCGCAGGACACAAGAUCGAUAUAUGCACGCAAAUUCUUUUCUUCUUUUCAAGAAAAACAAGUCGUUUGCGCCAUCAACAUGCGGGAACGCUACCCCGGAAUGCAAACGAAACGUUGCUGUGAAGAAGCAUCGGAAGCCAGCUGUUUGGCUUGCUGUCAAGAACAUUUCGCGUCACGUGGUGAAAAGUGUGUGGAGGUUUGUGGCACCAUGUGCGCUUUUGGCUGGGACAAGGGCAACCGCAAGGUUCCCCAAUGUCCAGAAAAACUUGGUUCCGAAGAUGGUGGUGCAGAAGAGUGGUAUGCAGAGGAUCCCAUGAAGGACCGUCCUCGUCCUGCUGUGCCUGUGACAUGGCUAUGAUCCUUUUUUGCUCCGUUUGCAUGGUGGCCGUUUUGUGUUCCACGGCCCACUGUUGUGCCAGGAGCCCCUAGUAGCUUCUUGUUCCUAAUAGUACGGCCAGGAGCCCCUAGUAGGGUCCUUGCUCCUAGUAGCGAUGCCAGGAGCCCCUAGUAGCGAACAUGGUUCCUAA